AUGAACCUCAACGACUGGGCCCCUGAUGGAUCAUUCCGUCGGGAGCUGCCACCGAAUGGUCCGGGCAACACAGCUCCAACCGGCGGGCAAACGACCAAACAAUCAAAGAAGCGCCGAAUCAACGAGCCUCAGUCCUUGCGUGAUGGACCGGAGCCAAGCGCAGAAGACACUGAAGUUGACAAGCCACUGAUGAACAACAAAGAUUUUGCUUUGUUUCUUCAAUCAUUGGCAAAGAAACCCAUCUGCCCGGUAAUCCCCACUCCGGUUCCCAGCAGUGGACCGCUUUUGAACCCCAACAAAGUACUCCGGCACCUCACAAAUAUGUCUGCUUCCGCCCUCGACGCCUUGCAGCAAACAAUUGAUUUACUCAAAUUCAUUGAGAACCGGCGGAUGAUCGCCAAAAAAACCUCUCCGGAGUGGAUGUGGACAUUCAGGAGGGCCUCCGAAAGUAUCCGACAGUCCGUUGUUGUACGAUGCCCGAAGGCGCCAAAGUCAAGAGAAGUUGACAUGCCCGGAAUAUCGGUUGUCCAGUCCCUACCACAAGAAGAAGUCGACAUCAUCAUUGACCGGCUACAACAAGCGGGUUUCAACGCUCUAAAGGCGGCACGAGGCUUCAUUACCCACAAGGAUCAUAAAGCAGACUUCUUGGCGAACCCAGAGGUCACGGAGAUGGAGUCAUUGAGGCCUCAGCAAGGGCCCCUGGGCCAGCCCUCGCUCAAUCUCAGAGUCCACAUGGACCGCCUGGCUGCCGAGCGCAAUCGACAUGAAAAACGGGAGAAUCAGUUUGGUGGACACCAUGUUGUCGAAUGGUGGUACUUGUAG